AUGGUUGGGAAUCUUGUUCCAUUGACGGCGCUGCUCAAAUCUCUCCUCAGUCGCAGGGCCUCCACCAUCAGCACCACGGUCCUCCCAGAGGCUCAUCUGGCCUCUUUGAAGUGCGCGAGGCCCAUGUCCCUGCACUGCUGCCUACUGUUCCUCUCUGUGGCCACCUUAGCCGGGGGUGCAGGAGCAACUCCGACUCCAAGCAUGACCGAGAUGAUGUACGCACGAUUGCCCCGGAGCUGCAAGGAAAUUCUGAAGAAGAAUCCUAGAGCCAAAGAUGGCCUGUACUUACUCCGCACUGAGCAAGGGAAAGCCUACCAGACCUUCUGUGACAUGAAAACAAAUGGCGGUGGCUGGACGCUGGUGGCCAGCGUGCAUGAGAACAACAUGUAUGGGAAGUGCACGCCAGGGGACCGCUGGACCAGCCAGCAGGGCAACCGAAAAGACACUCCCAAGGGGGAGGACAACUGGGCCAACUACAAUACCUUUGGGUCUGCAGAGGCAGCCACCAGCGACGACUACAAGAAUCCCGGCUACUACGAUAUUCGGGCGGGGGACCUGGCCAUCUGGCAUGUCCCCAACAAGACCCCUCUGAGUUCCUGGAGGAGCAGGUCUCUACUGAGGUACUACACCUCGUCAGGCUUCUUCAAGAAAUUCGGUGACAAUCUGUUUGGCCUCUACCAGAGAUACCCCGUCCAGUACGGCAUCGGAAAGUGCUGGACCGACAACGGCCCCGCCAUCCCCGUGGACUAUGACUAUGGGAGUCCCCGGAAAACCGCCUCCUACUACUCCCCUAUUGGCCAAAGGGAAUUUGAUGCUGGAUUUAUCCAAUUCCGGGUGUUUAAUAAUGAGAGAGCAGCCAACGCGCUAUGUGCAGGGAUGAGAGUUACUGGAUGCAACACAGAACACCACUGCAUCGGAGGAGGAGGCUACUUCCCAGAGUCCAAACCCAAGCAGUGCGGGGACUUCUCCGCCUUCGACUGGAACGGGUAUGGGACUCACAAGGGAUCCAGCAACAGCCGCGCCAUCACCGAGGCGACCGUGCUGCUCUUCUACCGCUGA